AGAGCGCACACAGAGGAGUGUAGAGCGCACAACAGCAGACUGAGGAGACCUGCUACCACAGACGCCAACCAGGGAUUCUACCUGUAUUUGUAGCUGGAGAAUAAAUCACUUCUGGUCUUCAGAAUGGGGUUAAUGAAGGGUAUUUUCCUACUAUUAAUGCUUGCUGUUCCAGACACAAGACAAGCAACAGAGAAUGGAGCAGAUGACAACAGUGUGUUUGACCUAUUUGAGCUAACCGGACUCACCCGAAAGCCUGGCAGCCGCAAACCUCAAGGAGUCCAUCUAGUGAAGGGUCCUGAUCCAUCAAGCCCAGCCUAUAGAAUUGAAAAGCCCAAUCUUAUUCCUCCGGUUCCUGAAGAUAAAUUUCAAGACUUGCUAGAUGCUGUUCGAGUGGAACGGGGUUUUAUCUUGUUGGCCACUUUACGUCAAGUGAAGAAGACAAGAGGAGCACUUUUGUCUAUUGAAAGGAAAGAUGGCAAAGGCCAUAUCUUUAGUCUAACUUCCAAUGGUGAAGCUGGAACUUUAGACUUGAGUGUGAGUGGUGAAGAUAAGCAGCAGGUAGUGUCUGUGGAAGAAGCUAAGCUGGCCACCGGCCACUGGAAGAACAUUACCCUAUUCAUACAGGAAGAUCGAGCUCAGCUUUAUGUGGGAUGUGACAAGAUGGAAAACGCUGAGUUGGAUGUGCCCAUUCAUCUUGUUCUCAAUGGUGACUUGGCAAGCAUCGCUCAACUGAGAGUAGCAAAAGGAGGAGUAAAAGACAACUUCCAGGGUGUGCUUCAGAACCUGCGCUUUGUGUUUGGCACCAGCAUUGAUGUGAUUCUGAGAAACAAAGGCUGCUCCAGCUCAAAUUAUGAUUUGGACAAUUCAGUAAAUGACUCGCGCCCAGCAAUCCGUACCAAUUACAUUGGACACAAGACAAAGGACCUCAAUGAUGUGUGUGGCAUUUCCUGCGAUGAUCUGAACAAUAUGUUUUUGGAGUUGAAAGGUCUAAAGAGAGUGAUUGCAAGCCUUCAGGACAAAAUACAGAAAGUGACAGAGGACAAUAUGCUUCUGGCUAAUGAAGUGAAGGUGAGACCAGUUGAUGGUUGUAUACACAGUGGAGUUAAAUACAACAAUUUGGAUGAAUGGACCAUUGACAGCUGUACUGAGUGUACAUGCCAGAAUUCAGCCAUUUUCUGCCGCAAAGUAUCAUGCCCUCUGAUGCCCUGCACCAAUGCCACUAUUCCAGAUGGGGAGUGCUGUCCCAGAUGUUGGCCAAGUGACUCUCCUGACGAUGGCUGGUCUCCUUGGUCUGAGUGGACGCCAUGCUCGGUGACGUGCGGUCACGGAGUACAGCAGAGAGGUCGAUCAUGUGACAGCCUUAAUAACCGAUGUGAAGGGUCCUCGGUCCAAACCAGGUCAUGUCACAUCCAAGAAUGUGACAAGAGAUUUAAGCAAGAUGGUGGGUGGAGCCACUGGUCUCCUUGGUCAUCAUGCUCCGUCACAUGUGGAAGUGGUCAGAUCACUAGAAUCCGUCUCUGCAACUCACCUGUGCCUCAGCUGAAUGGCAAACCAUGUGUGGGAGAAGGAAGGGAAAACAAGCCAUGCCAGAAAGAUCACUGCCCAAUUAACGGUCAGUGGGGUCCAUGGUCACUCUGGGAUACAUGCUCUAUAACCUGUGGAGGUGGUGUUCAGAAACGUGAGCGCCUCUGUAAUAACCCCAAGCCCCAGUACGGUGGAAAAGACUGUCUAGGAGAUCAUGCUGACAAUCGGAUCUGUAACAAGCAAGACUGUCCAAUCGAUGGAUGUCUAUCUAAUCCAUGCUUUGCUGGAGUCAAAUGCACCAGCUUUGAUGAUGGCUCUUGGAAAUGUGGUGCAUGCCCUACAGGUUAUACGGGAAAUGGCACAGCAUGCACUGAUAUAGACGAGUGCAAAGAGGUCCCUGAUGCCUGCUUUAACCUUAAUGGAGUGCAUAGAUGUGAGAAUACAGAGCCAGGUUACAACUGUCUCCCUUGUCCACCACGAUACACUGGCACACAGCCAUUUGGCAAGAGCGUUGAAGAAGCUACAGCAAACAAACAGGUCUGCAAGCCAAGGAACCCUUGCACAGAUGGAACACACGACUGUAACAAGAAUGCAAGAUGUAUCUACCUUGGACAUUAUGCUGAUCCUAUGUUCCGCUGCGAGUGCAGACCAGGGUACGCUGGCAAUGGCAUCAUCUGUGGAGAAGACACAGAUCUGGAUGGAUGGCCAAAUGAGAACCUCACAUGUGUUGCAAACGCCACCUAUUACUGUAAAAAAGACAACUGCCCCAACCUCCCUAACUCAGGCCAAGAAGAUUAUGAUAAGGACGGAAUUGGAGAUGCUUGCGAUAGCGACGAUGAUAAUGAUGGAAUCCCAGAUGAUAGGGACAACUGUCAAUUCAUAUACAACCCUGCUCAGUAUGACUAUGACCGAGAUGAUGUGGGCGAUCGUUGUGACAACUGCCCUUACAACCACAACCCAGACCAAGCCGACACAGAUGCCAAUGGCGAAGGAGAUGCUUGUGCUGUGGAUAUUGAUGGAGACGGGAUCCUCAAUGAGAAAGACAACUGCGCUUACGUAUACAAUGUAGACCAGAGGGAUACAGAUAAAGAUGGCGUUGGAGACCAAUGUGAUAAUUGUCCCAUGGAACACAACCCAGAUCAGACUGACUCUGACUCAGAUCUUAUUGGAGAUAAGUGCGACAGCAAUGAAGACAUAGAUGAAGAUGGCCAUCAGAAUAACCUGGACAAUUGCCCAUACAUUCCAAAUGCCAACCAAGCGGAUCACGAUAAGGAUGGAAAGGGUGAUGUUUGUGAUCAUGAUGAUGAUAAUGAUGGCAUUCCAGAUGAAAAAGAUAACUGCAGGCUGGUGCCUAAUCGUGAUCAGACUGAUUCUAAUGGUGAUGGACGUGGUGACGCCUGUCAAUAUGACUUUGACAAUGACAGUAUUCCAGACUCUGAAGAUGUGUGUCCAGAGAAUGUUGACAUCAGUACAACUGAUUUCCGUAAAUUCCAAAUGGUACCUUUGGAUCCUAAAGGAACUUCACAGAUUGAUCCCAACUGGGUGGUUAGACAUCAGGGCAAAGAAUUGGUACAGACUGUUAAUUGUGAUCCCGGCAUUGCAGUUGGUUUUGAUGAGUUUAGUGCAGUCGACUUUGGUGGCACCUUCUUUAUCAACACAGAGAGAGACGAUGACUAUGCUGGAUUUGUGUUUGGCUACCAAUCAAGCAGCAGAUUUUAUGUGGUUAUGUGGAAACAAAUUACCCAGACCUAUUGGGACACAACACCUACUAAAGCGCAAGGUUACUCAGGUCUCUCCAUUAAAGUUGUGAACUCAACGUCUGGACCAGGAGAACAUUUGCGUAAUGCUUUGUGGCACACCGGAAACACAGCAGGACAGGUCCGUACCUUAUGGCAUGACCCUCGCCAGACAGGAUGGAAAGAUUUCACAGCUUACAGAUGGCACUUAACCCAUAGACCAAAGACUGGCUUCAUUCGUGUUGUAAUGCACGAAGGCAAGAAAAUCAUGGCUGACUCAGGACCAAUUUACGACAAGACAUAUGCUGGAGGAAGAUUAGGACUCUUUGUCUUUUCACAAGAGAUGGUGUUUUUCUCAGAUCUGAAAUAUGAGUGCAGAGACCCAUAGAUUCUGAGCUUAUACAUUCAGUGAAUGUAAUGGAAACCUUAUAGCACCUUCAGAAUCGUUAGAUUUGUUCCAUCUUUUGGUGAUUUCUUCCAUCCCUUUUUUUUUUGUGUAUUAUUUUUUUAUGGAACAAAAAGAUCACUCCAAGAACUUGUAACUAAGGAAGAGACAUUACCUUAAUGGAGUGAUUUACUCAGUGUGAAAUCUUGGGGUUGAUCACAUCAAUCAAGUUUUUAUAUUUUGGAAGGCACAAAUCUACUACAAUAAAAUAGACUUUCUCCUAAAAGUGCCUCACGGAAGGAUCAUCUGUUGAAAGAAAAAUGAAUAUUCAAGAUGACCGGUAAAAAAAAGGUUCAUAGUAUAUUAGAAGCAGAAUACAAAGAAACUAUCAGUACUAGUGCACAAGUUAUUGAUGUUUUACUGGAGUGGUGCCUUCACCACAAAAGAGGAGAGAUGCAAUAAUAUAAAAAGAAUCUCCAUGUAUUGAUAUGUAGUGUACAAUGUAGCGAAGGCUAGGUUAGAACUGAGGAGUGUGAGUGUAUUUAGAUGCGGACAACUUAACUAUCUCAAGAUAUCACUGCCUGGUUGAGAGCGUCAGUAUGUGUUUAUAUGUGUGUGGGUGUGUGUGUUUGUGUAGAAGAGUGUGCCAGUGGGUGUGUGCGUUUUAUAAGACUAUUAGGAUAGAUGCAACAUGCACUUCUUCCAGUUUUUGGCAAAAAAAAAAAAAUGUAUUUGCACAACAUAAAACAGAUCUGUUGGUGCAACACAAUUAGUAGCACUUAUACAAGACAAAUAGAAUUGAUUAAAAGAACAGGACAAAUUCAGAGAUACAGGGAGAAAGAAGCAGAACAGAUUGUAACUUUAUUUUGUUUUUACUUGAGAUUGACAGAGAGAGGUAGAGUGGGCUCUUUCUCUGUUUGGUUACGGUUCAGACGCAACUCUAUAAAUGCCCUCUCUGCAGACAAGGCUGUAUAACAUGUUGAUUUUGCUAAAGAACCAGAGGGAGAGCAAGGCAAGAGGGGAGGAGGGUUUAGGUACAGCACACUCUCUGUGCUGAACAUUCAAAUGCAAACCAUAUGUCUCCAUACAGUCAUAUAACACCCUAAUUACAUUGUGGCAGGUAGACAGUCCACUGCAAAAAAAAAAAAUGCAAAGAUAAUUAAACGUAAACCAGCAGACUUAAACCUUCAUGUACAAAUAUUACCUCAUUGUGUGACUGAGAAACAGAAAAUGUCUUUGAUACAAGAGGGAAGUAAAAAAAAAAAAAUGGAGAGAUAUUUAACAAGCAUUUAAAAUCUACUGUAGUGUUAAUCAGUUAUGUACAUAGUUACAAUGACUUUGUAUCCCCAGGAAAGUAUUUUUUUUUUUUUUUUAAUAAAGAGUAUUGUAAUAUUUUUUUCUAUAUUUUAGCAAUUCCAUUGCUUUUUUUUUUUUUUUUUUUUGUACAAAUGAUUUUUUAUUUGUAUUGCUGUUUAGUGUUAUGGGUAUUUUUUGUAGAUAUGCUAUUUAAAUAAUUUAUGAGGAUGUGCUUUCUGUAGUGUCCUUGCUCCUAUUUGUAUAAACUGUUUGCACUUGAAAAGAGCUUUGCAAUAUCUGCCCCCAAUUUUUUUUUUUUUUUUUU